UUUGAUAAGAAAGCUUGCAUCUGGGUAUUUCUCACAGUCUUUGUGUCUGUUUUUAACCAAGAAACACAAAACCCAGGCAAUUCUUCUGUGAGGUUCAUACAGGUACCAUCCAGGAGGGCAGAACCUGGGCUGGACCACCCUUCUCCUGUACCAGAAGCAGCAGCAAUGGAUGGAGAGCAGGGGACUCCUGAGUGAGACUUGACUCCCUCCUCCCUUCUGUGCUGAGCAGGUUCUGUGAGCUGGACUCCAAGCAGUCACACAAUGGCUAAACAAUAUGAUGUCUUAUUCAGACUGCUGCUGAUCGGGGACUCUGGGGUUGGCAAGACAUGUUUGCUGUGCAGAUUCACUGACAAUGAAUUCCAUCCUUCCCACAUUUCAACAAUAGGUGUCGAUUUUAAAAUGAAGACUAUAGACGUUGAUGGAAUCAAAGUACGAAUACAGAUCUGGGACACGGCUGGUCAAGAAAGAUAUCAGACUAUAACAAAACAGUAUUACAGACGGGCACAGGGAAUAUUCCUAGUUUAUGAUAUUACAAGCGAGCGUUCAUACCAACACAUAAUGAAAUGGGCAAGUGAUGUAGAUGAGUAUGCACCUGAUGGAGUUCAGAAGAUUUUGAUUGGAAACAAAGCUGAUGAAGAACAGAAGAGGCAAGUUGGAAAACACCAGGGGUUGAAGCUUGCUGAAGAAUAUGGCAUGGACUUCUUUGAGACAAGUGCCUGCACUAAUUACAACAUAAAGGAGUCAUUCACUCGACUCACAGAGCUGGUCCUCUUGGAUCAUAAAAAAGAGUUAGACGGUUUGCGUGGCUCUUCCACCGACGAACUAAAUUUGGCUGACCUCGAGGAUGAUGGCAACAAACACGAUGGAUCAUCAUCUUCCAAAUCUUGUUGGUGCUAGAAAUUUCGCUUGUUGGGAUGUGUACAAAGAUUUAUUUGAAAAUGAAGUAUAUGCGGAGUACUUUUGGGAGAGUUCCAUAGGUGUUAAUUGUCACUAAAUCAAUUAAUAUAGAUGGAAUGUAAAGCCACCUUAUCAAAGCUUUGUGAAUAUUCAUCCUUGUGCUGAAUUCUGUUAAUUAUAUCAACUUUUUCAUAUGUUUGAUUAACAAAUGACUCUUAAAACACUUUAAAACAAGAUGUUAAAUAUAUGUCCCAUUGCAAACUGUCACACACAUGGGCCAAGAAAGCACUCUAAUUGCAAUUCCAGAUUAAUUCUGUAAUCUCUUAAAAACCUGUAACAUUCCAAGCUGUCUGGUCCCGAUACAAUCUGUGUCCACAGUUGAGGUCCUGCUUACUUAGUAUAAACAGCUCUAUAGAGCCCUGCUUACACUUAACAUACUUAUUCACCAAAAUGAGAACUGUCAAGAAGUCAGUGUGAAUUAGUGUGAUUUUUAGGUCAAAAUA